ACAGAAGAGAGUCGUGAUGCCGGAUACGUGCGCGGGGAAGCUGCUCCGGCUGCACGGUGCUCUCGGCGGCGUCAACUGGAGGCCGACGCGGUUCGCAGUGGACGGUCUUCACCCGUACGCCUGCUCGCUGUGCGGAGUGAUUCCGAAGCACACGCUGCUACUGCCAUGCGAACACGCGCUGUGCGAGACGUGCAAGAGCGGCAGCGUCGAGGACGACGGAGGCGUCUGCCCGCUCGACCAAGAGCCUUUUGUCGAGGACGAGUGCGGAAGGAUCCCCUUGCCGCUCAGGAAGCUAGGCAGUCUCAAGGCUCGCUGUUGGAAUGAAGCCCAAGGCUGCCCCUUCGUGGACACCCUCCCGGCUCUGCUGCAUCAUUACGAGGAAGAGUGCAGCUUCCACGCGGUCGAGUGUCCGAGAUGCGGCGAGGUAGCCCUACACGCCAACCUGGUGGCGCACUACAAGGCUGGCUGCCUCGGCCGCGCGCCGUCCGUGACGGACGACGAACCACCGCGUUACGACAGCGUCCUCAGAGUCAGCGACAUCAACGCCACGCUGGGAGAAUUCAACGCGCUCUUGAGCCAGCUGUACCAGGACCAGCUACCGACCAUGGAAAGCAAGAUGAACGAAAUCACCGAGCUGGUGACGAACCACGGCACUCUCCUUCGGGAGCUCUCGCAAACGUUGAGAGAGACGCAGCAGAGUCUGACUUGCAGACAGACGGAAGCGGCGCAGCAACUCGCCUCCACGUUUGACGAGAAACUCCAGUCCCAAGUGGACACGCUUUGCGCCAGGCUUCGGAACAUUACGCCGGAAGAAGAGCGAGGAGCGCCCAUGCCUUGGUGUCAAGAGAAGAGGCACGUACUUCGAAGGCUGGACGUCAUGGUCACCGAGUCGCUCGGCUACUUGAGCGACCUGCGCCACGCGACCGUACGGGACGUCCCGCAUCUAGUAGCCCGAUGCGAAAUGGCAUGCGACCACAAGGAGAGGGCGAUAGUGGACCCGCUUUACUCGUCCGAACUGAGACUCUUAGAGCGCUUCACCUACUGUCUGAACCUUAAAAACACCGACAAAAUAGGUCACGAUUAUAAGCGUUCCGGAAGAAGGGUACUGGACGUGGUGGACAUGUGGCACUGUAAGGACCUGUACUUCACGAUCGCCAUCGCCCUCGAUGAUAAUCCGGGCUGGUUCGAAGUGUGCGUUCAACUGGCCCAAACCGUUCGGAUCUCUCGUCUGAAUCCUUUCGUCAGAAGCGUCGAACUGCAGGACAAAGAUUGCAGGAAAUGUCGCUACUUGCAGGAGGCGGAUCCCAAUAACAUGUCAGGUCAUCGCUCGAAAUGGAAAAACAUAUUUCGCACUGACUACUGGCAACUGCUAAGGGAUGGCUUCUUCGAUGGUGGAGAGGCAAAUAUCAAUGUCACCGUUUGCCAUGUUUAGGAGCAUUUUACGGUACUUCUGCUUGUUAGCGACAAAGAAAGAAUGAAAAGGUCGGGAAACUGGCGACCUCUUUAGGCUCGUUUCGAAAAGUUCGAGGGGAUCACCGCGACGGUCGGACUGUAGUGUUUUACAAAAAUACUUCGCAGAUGCCUGCCAAUCAUGCACAGCGAAGUUGUAUUAGUGGGUCCUCGUAACCUCCUUAAGUACGAAGGGUCUAUUUGCUAAGUCUUUUGCCGUGAAUCCUCGAUAGAUAAAUCGCGGUCCCUGGUCCACCUUAUAGGGCUCCGCUGCAAGGUUCGUUGCUGCCUGCGCCUUAACAUAGCCGACAAACCGACCUUUACCAAUAACGCGCAGCCGUUAAGUCACCGUGUAAGUAAGAAACAUUAAGAAAUCGUGCAAAAAAGAUGUUCUCUGAUGGUAUGCGCGUCAAUUACGUUUAAAGCGAAAAAUUUAGUAUUCCAACGUAAGUCACAUUGCUGACUGAUAUUGAACACGCCGCAACAGCAGGCUUUGGUCGCACGAAAAUAUGUGUUGAGCUUUACUGAAGAGAGUCGGUGUGAAAAUUUAACCAUCACAGCUGCAACAUCGCUAAACAGUACGAGAGGAUUACGACGGCCGCCGUAGUGGAAAUCACCGGAUUAACUUUGACACAAUGUGGUUCUUUAGAGUCAACGCUAAUCCCGGUACGCGAGCAUACUCUAAUUCCGCCUCCAUGAGUACGCGACUCUGCGGUCGGGAUUCGAACUCACGACCUCAUGCUCAGCAGCGCGACGCCGUAACCACUGAGCCUCUGCGUAGCGGGGGACUGCGAUGAAAGUGAUCGAGCCGGUUCGAUUGCGGGAGCUGCGAAAGUGUGCGAUAAGAAUGUUGCAGUCUUGCUGGCGUGCAUGGUUCUAGUUUAUUCAAGAAUAACGAAGGUGAAAAUACAUCACGUGUGAUGUUGCCUGUAUGGAUGGGUAGCUAGUCUUGGCUCUGUUAAGAGAGCAUCUCGCGAUAAUAUCGGAACCUCGAUGGGAAGAUCGAAGUUUCGUCAAAUCUUCAGAAUGUUGAGUGCAGUGAGACUCGAAGUGUUUUGCGGAACAUCAGGCGCCGCAAACGUUCACAGCGGUGGGCCAGCGUUCUGCGCGUCCACGCCUGUUGACUUGUAUCUUUUAAGCAAACUUGUCUUCCUAUACAAGUGCUUCAUGUCGGCCUAGUUGGUGAAGCGUGGCUACAAAAUAAUGGGAGCAAAUGAGGACGUACACAGACGGAGGAGACGGGACCAGCGACACGUCAAGAAAAAAAAAAGAAAAGAAAGAAGAUAAUUGUAUCGGUAACGCGUCCAUAGCCUUGUACAGCUCAGAAGGUUCUUUGUUAGGACUUCAAUCAAGACAGAAGUUCAGAGGAAGGUGGAUCUUCAACAAACAGCGCAGAAGUGGACUACGUAAAAAGAAGGGAACGAAGGCAAGCGCAUCAGUUAUGUGCUAGGACAUGUCCAGAGAAGCAAGCACCGUGCAAGUGCGAGGGAAAACAUAAAAAAAAAACGUGUUGAAUGUGCCGACGAAGUCGUGUAUAGUGUUCCCCUCUCUUGCGGUUUCAAAUAUGUUGGUCAGACAAGCCUAUGCCUGAACGUCAGGUUAAGAACACAUUUUGAACGUGCAAAAAAAAAAAAAGGAAUGAGGGUUUCCUUGCCCAGCAUUGUGAUCAGUGCGUCUGUACCUACUCCCGUGUUUCACCGAACUGCGGUCCUGGCAAAACAUGCGAGUGAUCAGACAAGAGUUAUCAUUAAGGCCUUGGUUAUUGCUAAGGGAAACUGUGUCAGCCAGCCCGCGGUUGCCUUGACCCCAAAGAACUGGCGUUUCUUGACUGCGAAAACCACGGCACACACCUCUGACAUGCAAAAGAAAAAAGAAAAAAAGAGCAACACUUGCCUUUGUUCCCUUCUUUCUCCGUUGUCCGCUCCUGUGCUGUUGAUGAUGAACUACCAACUAGCCCAAUCUCAAACUUUGAUGAAAAACCUGUUGAACAGAGAAUGUUGCCGGAGCCAAAGUUUCCACACUUUGACAUGAAAGUGAAAACCAUUAUGUAUUUUCUUUGUGUGAUCAUUUAUGUGUGCUGUUAAGCGCAUGGCGCCUCAUGUCUAGUGGAUUAUGUAUACGAGUUGCGACGCCUGAUGGAACAAUUUAUAAUGGGGCUCACCCAGUAUCUUACAUGUCUCUCUAUGUUCUAACUUACGACUCUCAUAUUAGGGUUGUCUUCCUAUACGAAUGUUCUUUAGUGCAUGCGAGGUCUAGAGACUUUCGAAAAAAAAAAAGGUUAAACUUCGACUUCUUUUGGUCUUUGUGUGUACUAUAUACUAUAAGCUUCCAUACUUGUAUUAUGCAUUGCAAAACAAUAUUAAUAGUAAUUUUUAUGGUUUUAUGUGCCAAAACCACGAUGAGAUUAUGAAAUGCGACCGGCGUGGCCGGGAAUCGAACCCUCGACUCCGAGCUUAGCAGUGUGAAAAACGAUGGAAACAGUGAACGACGUACGCGCGGCGACGACUUCCAACAAGUUUACUGCUGACGAAACGACCAUAACUAUGUACACUGUAUUGCGGGAACACUAUAGACAGUUUUCGUCGAAAUAUAUAAGGGCAAAUGUUGUUGCUGAUGGUUGCGAUCUUUUAGUUGCUGUUGUAAAAUAUCGUUCGCUCGCGCCGCACCUGUGCUCGGUGCGGCGACGCAGACGUAUAUAUAAGAGUGGUUUGACACUAAGGCGCUGUUGUCUAAUAUCGGUGUCAGACGGUCACUUCUGAUCGCGAUCGGGCCUGGUCCAGAUAUAAUUUCACGAUUGUGAAGUUAUAUCCUUGUGCAACUUCUUUACGCGAGUUGCACUAGGGAGCUGGUCACUGUUGAGGAAUUUGAUCCUGAUCAGGCUCGAUCGCGAUCAGCAGUGCACCGUGUGACACCAGUAUGAGACGCAAGCACGCUAACAUCUGCAACCCAUAAGGUUUGAGGGGGAGUGAAAUAUAGGAGAGGAAAGGCCAUCUAUAGAGAUGAUUACCCAUACCACUAUGUAGCGGCUGUGCCCAUACACCACCGAAUGCCAGGUCGGGGUAUCUCUUCCACCUUUAGAAAAAGCGGUGGUGGCCCGGCGCCACUUGGAAUCGAACCCAGAACCUCCCGAAUUGUAGGCGAACGGGCAACCGACUUCACCAGUACUCCUGUUCGCGGACACUGGUUUAAAACUCCUUUCCCUUUAAAUUUUAGAUGUGAAGCAUCUUAUAGCGUAGUUCAAUCCGGUGGUGGUGGUGGUGUGCGGCGUGACCACCCUUACUGCGCAUGCGCAAGCCCUCUCCACACACCUCCUCUCCAUCUCCACUCCCCAUCUCCCAUCCCCCUCUCCACUUCCCAUAUCCAAUCUCCUCUCCCCUUUAC